CCCGCCCAUUCUCAUGCUACUUUUCCUUGCUAACGGGUGUUGUAUUCUACAAUGCCUGAACCGGCAAAAUCCGCUCCCGCGCCCAAGAAGGGCUCGAAGAAAGCUGUCACCAAAGCUCAGAAAAAGGACGGCAAAAAGCGCAAGCGCAGUCGCAAGGAGAGCUAUUCCAUCUACGUGUACAAAGUGCUGAAGCAGGUGCACCCGGAUACCGGCAUCUCGUCCAAGGCCAUGGGCAUCAUGAACUCGUUCGUCAACGACAUCUUCGAGCGCAUCGCGGGCGAAGCGUCGCGCCUGGCGCAUUACAACAAGCGCUCGACCAUCACCUCCCGGGAGAUCCAGACGGCCGUGCGCCUGCUGCUGCCCGGCGAGCUGGCCAAGCACGCCGUGUCCGAGGGCACCAAGGCGGUCACCAAGUACACCAGCUCCAAGUGAGUCCCUGCCGGGACGCGGCGCUCGCAAAAGUCGCCGGGCCGCUUGACUUUCCAAAGGCUCUUUUCAGAGCCACCCACCUUAUCACCAGAGAAGAGCUUUGUUCACUUGUUUUCCCUCAGUUUCUUCUCACAAAGUAAGUUGCAGUAGUUGGAUGAAAGUAAUGGCAAAUGGCACACGUAGCUUUUUAGGCCCUUAUGACUUGAGGUUCUUGGCGCGUGACUGGUAUUGCUUUUGAAUCUAGGCCGAGUCUUAACCCCUCACUGUGCUGCUUCGUUUUCUUAUGAGUCAGUCAGUUCUAAAUUAGGAUUCUGAGACUGCUCCUUCCCACCCUCUGCUUGUAGACUGUUGUGUCCUGGUGGCUCUGUUAGGUACGUUUCAUCGGUGUUCUAAAACGAAGUGAGUGAUUUCGGCCAUCCUCAUUUAAGAAAGGACCCCAGGAUGUAAGUAAGCCCGAGUCCUGCGAACACUGCAUCACAGCCCUGAAGAAUUCUCCCGAGAGUUUGGCGGCUGCUUGGGUGCCCAGUCACCAGUUACGCCCUGCGACGUGACCUCCUGUGGAUACCAGUAGUUCGGGGUAUUUAGGACGGAACCCGCGCUGCCUGGUCUCAGCCUUUCCCUGAUUGGACGACAUGAAUAUUCAAAAUCUCGCGCCGCUCCAGAAUUCAUAGAUUCUGGUUUCCACCGCUCACUUUGGUGCUUUGAAAUCCCUGUUAUUUUUUGGUUGGUGGAUCAUUUUUGCAUUUAAGUCUCUUAUCUUGGAAUGUUUCGGCCUCAAGUAACUGUAAGGCACUAGUCAUUUUAGUCUGGGCUCAAACGUCACCUCUCAGAAACCUUCCCAAGUCAUCCACUCAGGAGUUUGCGCCUCUUCUUCCUGCCUGUCCUGGGCCCUCACUCUAUUUUAUCUUCCUCCUAGCAGCGGUCUGAAAUUGUUUUGUUCGUUUAUAUUCUUGUUUACGGUCUUUCUCCUCAAGCCCUUAACAGAAACUUUGCUGGUCUGGUUUUCCUCUAUAUCGUCAGUGCCAACCAGUACUGGGCACACAGUGGACACUUCAGUACUUAUUGAGUUAAUAUUUGUUUAAUUAAUUUUUCUGUCCCACUCCUUUUUUAAUCGCUUCCGUGGAUGGAUGGGUGCGGUUCAUUUUCAUUAGAUGUAUGUGAAGACGUGAUGAAAAUGGAAAUGUUUUUGGAGCUCCUCCCCCAAGUCUGUCCGUGGUCACCUCAGGGCAACAGCUGGGAGGAGGACUUUGUUAAGAUUUUUUUCUUUUUUUUUUUUUUUUUUGCUUUAAGUGGGAGGUGGCAGUUUUGUCCCUCCUUUAUACUUCUCAGUUUGGCCUAAUCUCUUGGAUUUUCAUUAAAUUCAAAACAUUGGUCACUGGAAAUCCUUUUCCUUUCUCUAUUUAUGACAUCCUUCCAUCCCGAUCCUUUGUUCCUCACGGAGAUGAGCUUUUAAUUUAUGUUCACCAUCUCAUUUGCUUUUCAGGUGACACCCUAUACAAUAGACAAGAUUAAUAUCCCUUUAAAAACGAGAUUGAGAGAAGCGAAGUGAUUGGUCCACUGGUCAUGCAGCUAACCUUGUCCACCUUUGUAUCCUCAGAUGCGAGGACAAUUGUAUUUUAGUUUUACUUCAUGUAAUUACAGAAUGUUGAAUCUUUCUGUCCAAGCCUUGAUUUUUCUGAUAAAGACACUGAUGGUCUGAUGAGUUAUUCAACUCUGCUUUUGGAUAAGGGAUCCUGGAGUUAACUGCAGGGGUUUCAUGAAUCCAAAUGGGCUCCAGACAUUAUCAGAGACUGAAUAAAUCUUAUGUUUCUUACAUGUGUGUUUUCAGAUGUGUGUAGAUGCUAUUGUUAUUAAUAAAGUUACCAGUUAAUUUAAAA